CACUAGAGUAGAUCUAGAGUUAGUAGAAUCUAAAUUACUCUAGAUUCUAGAUAUAUCAUAAAUUUAACAAAAUCUAACUAGACUAGUAGAUCUAGAUCUGGCUACUAACUGCUAGUUAAUACUGGUUACUAACUUAACUAGAUCUAGUCUAGUGACUAGAUUCUAUCUAGAGUAGAUAACGGUAUAACCUUACCUAGAAGUUAGUAGAGUACCGGGCGUGACUACUAGAACUACUCAGGCGUCUCAGGACUACUGUAGUGUAACUUACUAACUCAGUAACUGUACUAGAAACUGUAGUACUCUUAGUACUCUUCUUCUGUAACUCUAGACUAGUCUAUACUCUAGACCUACUACUACUAUAGUUUCUAGAACUAGAAGGCCUACUAGAAUUUACUAGAUCUAGAUGUUUGUAAAAUGUUUUACAUGUUUCGGAUGUUCCUUCAGAGUUGAAGAUAGUUUACUUCUUAGUCCAAACCUCCCGCAGGAUGACGGGGGAUGGGAGCGGGCAGGGUUUGAACCCUCAAAUCCGAACGAGAGUCCAGCGCGCAAACCGCACAACCAGGCAGCCAUCCAACUAGAUCUAGAAUAGAUAUCUAGUAGACGUCUAGUGACUAGUCAGUCUAGAUCUAGUCUAGAAAAAAAAAUCUAGAUCUAUAUAUGAUAGUAGUAGUCGAGUAAAUUGUAGUCUAGUUACUGUAGUGUUAAUCUAAAAAUCCUGUAGUCUAGAGAGAUCUAGAUCUAGUCAAUAAAUGUCAUCUAACUGCAAUCUAGCAUAAAGUUGAUAAAGAAAAACCUGAUUCUGCGUAUCUGGCCAUGUAACAUCAAACAUGUACACUAGACUACUAACUAGAAUAUAUGGAUCUAAUACUAGAAAAAAUCUGUACAUAGAUAGACUCUAUAGUAUAUAGUGAUAAUAGUAAUAGUGACCACUGACUAUACUGUUUUGUAACUAAUGAAACUGCUUAAGACGAUUGAAGACUUGGGACUUGGGUGGAGACCAUGAAAGGAGAAUCGAUCUAGUUGCUGUUAACAUCUACCUGGUCUACGGACUACAAGUCACAACAAGUAUUUACAUGUGUCUAAUUUUAGCAUGAGCUUCACGGGAAUACAAAAUGAACAUGAAGACUCCCAAUUUAAUACACAAGAAUCACACUCUUCAAAUCUUUUCAUGCCUUUACAUGGUCAAGAAGACUUAUCAAGACUUAGAGAGAAGUUUAAGUAUGACAGUGACAGCUCUGAUAAUGAGAAGGCCUUAAUGAGCCUGGGCAGAGUCUCUCAGUGGAAACCCAUCAAGUCCACACAGUGGCUCAGCUCACACUCACCAUUGAAGAAGUCCUCAGCAGGUGUCAGAACCAGAAAAAACAAGCCAAAAGUAGGAUGUACUUUAAAAGUGAGCUCAUCAGGAGCUAACAUAACAAAAAGUUCGCCUGUUACCAGUUACAAAGAGCAAGAGGAGUUGAAGAUGGACAGCAGAAGUGAAACAAGGAAUCAAUCCUCCUCCUCGUGUGUCAUGAUUACGGAUAGCCCAACUGUGUUAAACAAUGGAAGAGAAGCAAAUGAUGUUGACCUUGGCAAUCAAGAGGAUGAUUUCUGGGAUGGGUUUUCACUAGCAGAGACAGAGAAACCAAAGUUGUCAGUUCCACCAUUGUCACCCAAAGUAAACUUUCAACUUGACUCUCAAGUAGCGGUUCCUGCCCCAACUAAUCAAUACUUACGUGAUUACCAAAGGGAAGGAGUCCAAUUUUUAUACCAACACUACAUCAACAGAACUGGAGCCAUACUUGCUGAUGACAUGGGACUUGGCAAAACUAUUCAGGUCAUUGGUUUUUUGUCUGCUGUCCUGGGAAAACAAGGAAACAAAAAUGAUACUUUAAAAAUGAUUCCAAAGUUUAUUAAAAAGAUGUCUGGACAUUUAACUGACAGCCCACCCAACAGGAAGUGUAAGCCUUUUCUUAUUAUUGGACCAUCUGCUGUUGUGUAUAAUUGGUUGGACGAACUCAACACAUGGGGAUACUUCAUUGUGAGAAAAUUUCAUGGUUCAGACAAAGAUGUCUGUCUGUCAGAUUUGAAAAAAGGAAAAUUAGAGAUUGUGGUAACAACAUUUGAAACCUACAGAGACAACUUGGUGUCAUUAAAUCAAAUAGAAUGGGAAGCUGUAUUUGUUGAUGAAGUUCACAAAAUCAAAGGUGUCAAGUCACAGGUGACGCUGGCAUUGAAAGAAAUUAACACACCAUGUCGCUUUGGUCUGACUGGAACAGUGCUACAGAAUAAUUUGACAGAGUUGUGGAGUUUGUUGGAUUGGGCUCAGCCAGGUGUUUUAGGAACUCUGCCACAAUUUGAGAAUGAUUUUAUUGAUGUGAUUGAACUGGGACAGAGACAGGACGCCACUAAGAGGGAACUGGCUCAAGCACGAAAACAGAAAGAUAAAUUUGCCAAAAUACGUAAAACUUUAAUGCUGAGAAGAACCAAAGCUUUGAUAGCUGAUCAGUUACCUACCAAAGAUGACAUGGUUGUGUUGUGUAAACUAACAGACUUCCAGGUCAGCAUCUACAAAGCUAUAUUGGGCCAUCCAGACAUGUAUCUCAUCUUACAUUCAGACGAGCCUUGCGACUGUGACAGUGGCAAAUCAAGAGCCUCCUGCUGUUACAAGAGAGCUUCAGAUGGGACAAAGAUUUGGUCAAUGAUAUUCUCAUUCAUGCAUCUGCUACUGAAGGCAGCCAAUCAUAUUGCUCUCUUGAUUCCCAACAACAACAAGCUGAAUGACAAACAGGCAAGAUUAGCGAUGAGUGUUUGUGAGCUGGCCUUCAGAGAUCAUCCUCACUUUGUGGAACAGACAAGCACAGCGUCUUUCAGAACACUUUCAGAUGCAAAGUAUUGUGGGAAAAUUAAAAUCCUAGAAGGUCUUUUGUCAGUAUUUGAACAGAAUCAUGACAAAGUUUUGAUUUUCUCUUAUUCUACAAAGCUUCUGGAUAUUCUUGAGCAAUAUAUCAUCGCAAAAGGUCAUGAGUACCGGAGAAUUGAUGGGAAGGUCAGCAGUCUGUGCCGCAGGAACAUUGUGAUCCAGUUCAAUAAAGAUCCAAACUUAUUCCUGUGCCUGAUAUCCACCAAGGCUGGAGGACUUGGUCUGAACAUGACUGCUGCUAAUAGAGUCAUUAUAUUUGACCCAAACUGGAAUCCAAGUCAUGAUCUUCAGGCUCAGGACAGGGCUUAUCGUUUAGGUCAGUGCAGAGAUGUUCAGGUGUUCAGACUUGUAUCUGCAGGAACCAUAGAAGAAAAUAUUUAUCUAAGACAGAUUUAUAAACAGCAACUGGAUGAAGUUGUCAUUGGUACAGGGAAUGCUCGCAGAUAUUUCAAUGGCAUCCAAGGAGACAAAGAAAAUCCAGGAGAACUCUUUGGUAUUAAAAACAUGUUUAGUCUUAGGCCAGAAAAUUCGUCAUUGACAUUGGAUAUUUUCAAAAGAAAUGAAAAAAUAGAGAAAGCAUUAGCUGGCUAUGACAUCACUAAGUAUAUACCUUCCAAAGAGGAGCUGUCUCAGCAGCAGGAAGAGGAUUCAGACGAUACUGAGGUGGAGGAAAUAUCUUUUGAUUCUGAGGCUGAGAAGAAGGAGGAAGAGUUAUUUUAUAAAAACUUGUUUGGGUCUAGAGAUACCAGCACUUUCCAAACAUCCCCUGUUCAAGCUUCAAUACCAGAAACUAGUCCAGGCAAACAAGGGUCAGUGGAUCUUGUAGCAGAUGAGAGUGAUGAAGAAUUUUCCCUGAUUCCUAAACUACACAGCACCAAGGUCACUCCCGCUAGGUCAACUGAACAAAGAAGUCUGCAAGCUUUGUCUGGACAUCAUGACCUAUUGAGUAAGCUAAGUAAAUGUCCUGAGACUUCUGUGCCCGUGUCUCACCAGAUAAUCUGUGAGCAAGCAGCAGAUGGGGAUUAUUCAACAAACCAUGAUGAGGAUUUAAAGCAGGAUCAAAGUUCCUCAAGAAACACUUUGCGUAUUCAUACAGGUUUGCAAGAUCCUACAAGGUCCUCUAGGUCCACCAGUAAGAUUAAAACUGUGGCUAAGAAGCCUAUGAGUGGAUCUUCAAAAGAAGGAAAACAAAAGUUUACUUCCAUAAAGUCUGUUCUGAAAAAGAAUGGAGCGCUUCAUACUUUGAAAAACAAUCAAGUUGUUGGCUCUAGUCGUGCAGAAGAUCACAUGACCCGCUGUGCCAUAGAAGAUGUCUUUUUAAAACAUAUCAACACCCAAGUUCCUGCUGUGCAGUGUGAGCCCUAUUCCCAGCAUGAAGAGCCCAAGAAAAGGUCCAGGAAAAAUAACAAAGUCACAAAGGAAACAAAGCCUGAUGUCAAUCGCAAGAGAACAAUCCAAAAGGGUCAUGUGACUGUUAUUGUUGGCCAAACACCUAAUGCCAUCCUCAGGCAGCAGUGGUCAAUGCUGUGCAAAUCAAGAGGUGUAGAUUCUCAUGAACUGGCCAGAUAUAUCUUACAAUCCACACAACAAGACAGACUGAACAUUCUACAUGAAUUUUAUCAACAGCAAUUCCCAGAUCUUGAAGACACUGUGAGUGAACUGUAUAAAACAGAAACUAUAGGUGGUGAAAUUGAAAACAAGACCAAUUAUUUUUCAGACAAAAAUAAAACUAGUCAUCAAGAAGGCAUUUCUCUGAUAGACUCAUCCCAAGAAAUGCCAGCAAUGCUACUGGAUAUGAGCACAUUAGCUUCAGAGUCACAAGGUCCACUUCCUCAGCCUGCAGCUCAAGAAAGUGUCAGUGCCAGUGUGGCAGUAAAAACAAAAGUCAGACAAUCUAAAACCUUAACUGGCAGUCAGACAAGAAAAGGUAGGGGGCGUGCCACCCAAAGUGCAUCCAAACAUGGAAACACACAUAAGAGCUCAUUUGUCAAAGAAACUUGCCUCCAUGCUGCCAUGGAUGUCUCGGUAAACCCUGCAGGAAAACAAAUUGCUGUUAGAGCAUCUAACUCUAAAGUAUCUGAAGAUACGUUAACAAAACAGUCUUGUGACGACCCAUUCCCACAUACAUUUGAAAAGUCUAGAAAUAGUGAAAAGACAUUAAAUAAACAAAGAUGUAAUGUUGCCAAAGUAUUGGAUGACAUUUUCCAAAGUUCAGAUGAUGAAUCAGAAAAGCAAAAAUCAUUUGAUGAAAAAAUGAAUCAGCAUUUAGCAUCUCCAGGAAAAGACACAAAAUCUAUUUCACAUUUAAAUGACAGUUGCCACUCAUUAGAUUUCUUAAGCAAGCAUUCCCAAGAAAAUGAAUUUGAGUUUUUGAUUCAGAGGAAAUGUAAAAGUAAGAAUAAGGAGGAACAUUACAGUACUACUGAAAAAAAAGAAACAAACUUACAGUUACUGCAUUUAAAUGACAGUUGCAGCUCACUAGAUUUCCUAAGCAAGAAUUCCCAAGGAACCGAUGCCUCCAAGAGAACUUGUAAGACAAAGUCUUUUGAAAAGCAUGAGAGUUGUGACAUUAAGAAAUUGAAAACAAGUUUCCAAAGAACUGAAUCUUAUCUUGAUGUUGAUGAUCUUGAUGACUUUAACUUUGACAAGAUGACUGCCACACCAUUGGAUGGAUCUGAAAGCUUAUUUUAAACCUUGUAUAUGC